CGAAGAGGCUCUCCGCUCUGCCCUCGGGCCUCUUCGCCUCGUGGAUCUCCGUGCGGAGGAACGCCUCUUUGGUGGCUGUGACAGGGAGAAUUAGGCAAGAGAUGCGGGUUCACUUGCCCUGCGUAGGGGCUUAUCUUGGGCUAAGCUGAGGGACUAAUAGCAAAGCCAGCCUCCGCUCCAGCCGGUCUGAGGGCACAGGGAGCCAUCUGUCCACUCUGUGGAUAACUGACAACAAAGGGGGCAAACACUGAACACGGACACCAAACUAAAAGGCCGUUCCAUUCGAAGAUAUCGGAAAUAAAGAAGAAAGAGGAGCGAGUGUUCUGUGUAUCAGGUGUGGGAUGGCGACAGAGAAUUCAGUAUUUGUUGGCUUGUAGUGUUUACUUUGAACCCCCGGAAAUACACAGAGAUGUCUGACAAGGAAGAAAUGGCUACGGACGGCAGUCUGAACGUUACUCUGACGCUCCGGCUGCUGAUGCAUGGAAAGGAAGUUGGCAGCAUAAUUGGGAAGAAAGGCGAAACAGUGAAGAAAAUGAGAGAGGAGAGUGGCGCGCGCAUCAACAUAUCGGAGGGAUCGUCUCCGGAGAGAAUAGUCACCAUCACGGGUCCCACCGAAGGCAUCUUCAGAGCUUUCUCCAUGAUUGCAGAGAAGUUUGAAGAGGAUAUUACAGCAGCCAUGACAAACAGCAACGUGACAAGCAAGCCACCAGUGACGCUUCGGCUGGUUUUCCCGGGGAGUCAGUGCGGCUCACUGAUUGGCAAAGGAGGCUCCAAGAUCAAGGAGAUCAGAGAGACCACAGGCGCUCAGGUUCAGGUGGCAGGAGACAUGCUGCCGGACUCCACCGAGAGGGCUGUCACCAUCUCUGGCACUCCACAGGCCAUCACUCAGUGCGUAAGACACAUCUGCUCUGUUAUGCUGGAGUCUCCACCAAAAGGAGCAACUAUUCCCUACCGGCCCAAGAUCCUGCCCGUUGGAGCUCACGCUGUAUUAGCACCGCAGCACUCAGCACAGGCCUUUGCAAUUCCAGGGCAGUAUGCUUUUGCGCAUCAGGACUUGACCAAGCUUCACCAGUUGGCUAUGCAGCAUAUCCCCCUCCCUUCCCUUGGGCAGAGCAACCCUACCUUCCCUGGAUUGGAUGCAUCUGCCCCCACAAGUUCACAAGAGCUGGCAAUACCUAAUGAUUUUAUUGGCUGCAUAAUUGGACGACAAGGCAGCAAGAUCAAUGAGAUCCGCCAGGUCUCUGGAGCACACAUCAAAAUUGCCAGCGCCACUGAUGGCUCAGCCAUGCGCCAAGUCACGAUCACGGGCUCGCCGGCCAGCAUCAGCGUGGCCCAGUACCUCAUCAACGCCAGCUUAGAGAUGGCUAAAUACACCAUGCAGGCCGCUUCCUCCGCGACCCCAGUUGACCUCAACAUGAGCUUCUCUCAGUCCGCUCCCACCCCCUCCACAGCCGCUACCUCUAUGGCCGUCCUGGCGGCCGCCACCCCAGCUCCCAACACCAUUAACGUCCACUCUCCCUCCACGCUACCAGCCAUCCAAAACCCACACUACGCCGUCCCCGUUUCCAGCCUGCUUGGCAUGAAAACCCUCCCCGUGCUGGCCGUCCACCCGGCCGCCGCCUCCGGGCUAGCGCAGGGUUUAUCCCCGUACACCGCGAAAAUACCCUCUUCCUCCGGCGUCAAGAAAUCAGAGCGGCAGAAGUUCGCUCCUUACUGACGCCUCCCCGUCACUUUGCCAG